CAACACUAGUCAAAUUGUAAGCUUUUGGUGUUUCUCUCUCCUUUUUGUGUUCACAAAAUGGAAUCCAUAUGCUUCUUACUCAAUUGUUUGCCCUCAUAAAAACAUGUUCAAUUAUAUAAUCUCACAUCUCAAAGAUUAUGCAUAUAAGUCAACUUUCUUUUAUGUCUACAUGAAAAAGGGUGCCUCCCUCCACCUCUUUUACUUUAAAAUUGCACGUCUCUUCCAGAAUUUUAAUAUCAUUCCAUACAGGUAGUACCAAAUGAAGUUCUAUAAGUGGGGAAGUCCCUUAGAACUCUGGAUUUGACAAACAACAAGAUAGUUGAGAUUCCGCAGGAAAUUGGUACCAUUGUGAAUAUGCAAAGACUUGUUUUGACUGGCAAUUUGAUCGAAAACAUUCCAGCUAAUAUUGGAUACCUGCGGAACCUUAAAAUCCUCACGCUUGACAGAAAUAGGAUCACCAUCUUACCUGAAGAAUUGGGUUCUUUGUCCAAUCUUCAGCAGCUUACUCUUUCUCAGAAUUCUUUACUGUACCUACCUAAAAGUGUUGGAGAUUUGUGCAAUAUGCUGCUACUCAAUAUAUCUGAUAACAAACUAAAUGCCCUUCCAGAAUCAAUUGGAGGUUGCAAGUCCCUGGAAGAAUUGCAGGCAAAUGGAAAUUCACUUGAAGAUGUACCCUCGUCAAUUUGCAACUUUAUUUGCCUCAAAUCUCUAUCAUUGAACGGAAAUAAAAUUCGCCAGCUUCCCCAAAACAUACUGAAAGACUGCAAGGCUCUUCAGAACCUUUCACUGCAUGACAAUCCAAUCUCGAUGGACAACUUCCAGCAAAUGGAUGGAUUGGAGCAAUUUGAAGCACGCAGAAGGAAGAAAUUCGACAAGCAGAUCGACUCAAAUGUCAUGAUGAGCUCCACGGCCUUGGAUGAAGGCAUUGACUUACGCUAGAGUUAACCUAUUUUUCCCCAAUUAGUCAGAAUUAAUUGCGAACUUUGUAUAUAUCAAUGUCUUCACACUCCAAUUUGGUAAAGCAAUCAAUAAAUACAAAACAUAUGAAAAAUGAUUGGACUAUC